AUGGUAGCUGCAAAGAAGACGAAAAAGUCUCUGGAGUCGACCAACUCUAGGCUCCAGCUUCUUAUGAAAAGUGGAAAGUACGUGCUGGGGUACAAACAGACUCUGAAGAUGAUCAGACAAGGCAAAGCGAAGUUGGUUAUCCUUGCCAACGACUGCCCAGCUUUGAGGAAAUCUGAAAUAGAAUACUAUGCCAUGUUGGCUAAAAGUGGUGUCCAUCACUACAGUGGCAAUAAUAUUGAAUUGGACACAGCUUGUGGGAAACACUACAGAGUCUGCACACUGGCCCUCACUGACCCAGGUGACCCAGGUGAUUCUGAUAUUAUUAGAAGCAUGCCAGAGCAGACUGGUUAG